AUGAUUGGAGCAAUACGUGGAAUGGCUAUGCAUAGAAUGUUUCCAGGCAUUUUAAAUGAAAUUUCUGAUGAAGAAGUCAAUUAUUUCUUAUUUGUAUUAUUAAAUGAUUCUCUUUCGAGUAAAUCAAAAUUUAUGAGAUGGCGUGCAAGACAUAUUCUUGAUUAUUUUCUUUACGAACAAUGGUACAAAACUAAUGUAUCUGAUAGUAAAAAAGAUGGAAUUGACAAAAUAAAAAUUGUUUGGGAAAUAAUUUUUGAAAAUUAUCUGGAAGGAAAUAACUUUCUUAAAGAAUUUGUUUUGAAUUUUAGAGAACUUGAAGAAGAGGAAAUAGAAGAUGAAUUAGAGGAAUUAUUUCUUAAUCCAUAUGGCUAUGCAGAUGAAAAUUAUGAUAUUCAUUUAAAAUAUUUAUUUUUAAUGAAGGAAUGUACUGAAAAUAUUUUAAAAACAAAUGAAUUAAAUGAAGAAAAUAAAAUUUUAGAAUAUUUAAAAAAAUGUGUAAAUGAGGAAAUAUUAAAAGAAAAUAAAAUUGAAGAAAAUGAGAAAAAUUUGCGUUUGCAAAAAAUUAUUGAAAAAUUGACUAAUUCGAAUAAAGAUGAUGCUUUGUUUGAAAAUCACAAAAUAAGAGUUAAAGAUAUGAAGAAAAAAAUUAAUUCAGCUAAAGGUAAAAUUAAGUUGUUCUCGAUAUAA